GGCAGCUGUGGAGAGCGGAGUCACUUCCUCUCUACACGCUGACCAACCCCGCCCCUUCACCGGGGCUGCCCCGGAGUAGAAAGCUGGUGGACCGGCGACGCAUGCGCAUUAGCCUUCACAAUGUGGCUGUUCAUAGCCUUGUGUGUCCAGCAUCUGCACAGUAGUAGCACUGGGUUCACAGACAGCUGCUAUGAUGGGCUGUAUCCUGGACAUAUCCACACCACCCCCAUCCAGAAAGCGCUGCUGGCUGUUGGGUCAGGUGUUGCUGCGCUACAGAACCCUUACAGACACGACAUGGUUGCAGUGCUCGGGGAGACGACAGGACACCUAGCGUUGAUAAAUCUCAGGGACAGGAUGAGAAACGAUCCUGAAGGCUAUACUAUCCUAACAGAAAGGCCCAGGAUCCGGUUGUCUACACUUGAUCUGAGCAAGCUGGCAUCACUGCCUGACGGCUCUUUUGGCAGAGAAUACCUCCGUUUUCUGGAGGACAAUCAUGUGACCCCCGACUCGAGGGCAGACGUGAAGUUUGUGGACAAUGAGGAGCUAGCUUACGUCAUGCAGAGAUACAGAGAGGUCCAUGAUUUGCUGCAUACCUUACUGGGGAUGCCCACCAACAUGCUGGGUGAGGUGGCAGUGAAAUGGUUUGAAGCUGCUCAGACUGGGCUUCCCAUGUGUGCUCUUGGGGCUGUGUUGGGGCCACUUCGGCUCAAUACCAGCCGAUUACACUCGUUGUUCACUUCCUUGGGUCCUUGGGCUCUGCAGAACGGUCGGCGGUCCCGCUGUAUCCUCAGCAUCUUCUACGAGCGACGAUGGGAACAAAGCCUCGAAGACCUCCGACACGAGCUCCACAUAGAGCCACCUCCUGUCAUACUCAGUGCUGUCAACAAGAGGAGCAUGUGAACAAGACAAAAUUCAGGAAAUCACUGGACAAAAGACUUUUAAUCAUGGACAAACCAGAAAUAUUUGAAGUGUUAUAUUGUGGAAUUUCUUUAUGAGAAGGAUGUUAUUAAUUAUUGAGGAAAUGGGGAAGUUUCACACUUGGCAAACUUUGGCUUGUCCCUGCUUACAACCUCAAUACAUCUUUCUUCAUUUUAAAGUAGCUUUUACUUUGAAAUGUGAGUCAUCCCUUGAGUGAAGUCAUAUCAGCUGAAGUUUUUAUGCUCCUCUGAUUCAGUCUCCAUCUGUUGUUGAAAAUGCGACAGAAAGUGUGUAUUUGUAUCAAGUACAAAAAUAAAUGUAAAAACUGAA